AUGCCGCAUAUUCAAGUGUCAGAUUCGGAAAAGUUACGUUUAUACAAAUUUAUUGAAAAUGGAUCUAAUUUAGAACUUGCAUACAGAAGUUGGGAAUAUCAUGAAAUUCCGCUACUACCACAAACAAUGAAAUUUAACUGGAACGUAAAAACUACUAGUCUACUAGAAAGACCACGAUUUGUUUUGUUUGCUUUACAGACUGCCAAAAAGAAUGCCAUAAAAGAAGAUGCGAGCCAUUUCGAUCAUUGUAAUAUUACAAACUUAAAACUAUUUCUAAAUUCUGAAAUGUACCCGUAUGACAAUUUGAACUUGAACUUUGAUAAGAAACAGUAUGCCAUUGCAUAUGAAAUGUAUGCACAAUUUCAACAGUCGUACUAUUAUAAAGUUGGAGAUCCAUGUCUUAGUUUGGAGCAAUUUGGUUCUUUUGCCCCCAUAUUUGUUAUUGACUGCAGCAGACAAAAUGAAUCAGUUAAGUCGGGAAGUGUUGAUAUGAGAAUAGAAAUUGAAACCAAUAAGAAUAUACCAGUUAAUACAGCAGCUUAUUGUAUAAUUAUACAUGACCGUAUUGUUAAUUAUAAUCCGCUAACUAAUGUAGUUCAAAUGUUUUAA